AUGAGUGCGUGCACGUCAUUUCUCAGGGUGGCAGGGGAUAAAGUUAAUCUUUCUUUCUCAAGUAAUUCAUGGCGCACGACGUCGGAAGAAAAGCGGUACGACGAGAGGAUGGCAAACGAGGAUCCGGAAAAGACGUACCAGAGCAUUCGCCGUGCUGCAGAGGUUCACCGUCAGGUUCGACAACAUGCGCGGAGACAUAUUCGUCCGGGUAUGACGAUGACGGAGAUUGCGAACAAUAUUGAAGAUGGGACUCGCGCGCUUGUGGAGGAAGAUGGCCUUUUAUCUGGGGUUGGGUUUCCGACUGGUUUGAGUUUGAAUAACUGCGCGGCGCAUUAUACACCAAACGCUGGGGAUACAACCGUGCUUCAGAAGGGAGACGUUCUGAAAGUGGAUAUUGGUGUGCAUGUCAAAGGACGGAUUGCGGACUCUGCGUUCACGCUGACUUGGGAGCCAACGUACAACAAGCUUCUUGAGGCUGUAAAGGCCGCCACUGAUACUGGUAUUCGUGAAUCAGGAAUCGACGCCCGGUUAGGAGAAAUUGCUGGCGCUAUCCAAGAAACGAUGGAGUCAUAUGAGGUAGAGGUUAAUGGGACCGUGUAUCCGGUCAAACCCAUUGAGAAUCUUAGCGGACAUUCCAUCAAUCCUUAUCAAAUUCACGGAGGAAAGUCGAUUCUUUUGGUGAAAAAUGACGACCAGACAAAAAUGGAGGAAGGAGAAUACUUUGCUAUUGAAACGUUCGGGUCUACGGGCCGUGGGCGGAUUGUGGAAAGUGGCGAAGUGUCGCACUAUGCGAGAAGAAUGGACGCGCCUCACGUGCCACUACGAUUAACAUCAGCAAAAACACUCCUGAAGAGCAUCAAUAAGAAUUUUGGUACGCUGCCUUUCUGUCGACGCUACCUCGAUAGGGCUGGCGAGAGCAAAUACCUCCUUGCGCUAAAUCACCUCGUUGGGCAAGGGAUUGUACAAGAUUAUCCACCUCUCUGCGACCAGCGUGGAUCGAUGACAGCUCAGUUUGAACACACGAUCCUACUUCGGCCGACGGUGAAGGAAGUUGUUACUCGGGGAGACGACUACUGA